CAGUCUGGUCACAUCGGUCAUGUCACAAAUUUCGUAAACAAAAGAAUCGCGAAAUUGCUAGUAAUAGUUUUCACUGACUUGGUCUGCUGGUCGGGUAAUGUCACAAAAGUAGAGUAGAAAAUCCAGCCAUGGAGGUGUUCCAGACCGACUCGCACUAUAUCUUCGUGAAGCGGGACAAGAGUUUGUGGUGGCACCGAAGGACGUCUGAGUUCUCCAUAAAAGCAGGAUGGGAUCUCAGUUCUGUGGACGACAUAGAAUGCAUUGGCGUGACACACGGAAUUGUUGGUGUAAUCUCACUGCCCAAUGUCUAUGAACCCCAUUUAGUUGUGGUAAAGGAGGCUUCGGCAGUGGGCGUUCUAUAUCCACCACACUUGGUGUACAAAAUCAAGUCGAUAUGCAUUCUGAGUGCCGACGAUCCGGACACCGAUUUGCCCAAUUGCACCAAGCACACCAAGAGCAACCAGUCCACGCCCACCCACAGCGUCUCCACCUCCAACAACAACAAUGCCAGCGUUCCGUCGAGCGGCGGAGGCUCCUCAAAGAGCACCAAACUAUUCGAAGGCAUGAACAAGACGUGGGGCGCCGUAAAGAGUGCAGGCAACACUAUUAAGAAUACUACCCAGCAAGCUGCGAAUUUGGCCACCAAGCAGGUUAAGUCAUCUGUGGGCAUUCGGGAGCCCAGGCAUAUUGAACGCCGCAUAACGGAGGAAUUACACAAGAUAUUCGACGAGACGGACAGCUUUUAUUUCAGCUUCGACUGCGAUAUCACCAACAAUCUGCAGCGCCAUGAGGCCAAAUCGGAGGAAAGUCAGUCUCAGCCGGAUGAGAGAUUCUUUUGGAACAAGCAUAUGAUAAGAGAUUUGAUUAACUUGAAUGACAAAACUUGGAUACUCCCCAUCAUUCAGGGAUUCAUGCAAGUUGAAAAUUGUGUCAUAGGCAAUGAAUGCUUCACCUUGGCCUUGGUUUCGCGAAGAUCGCGUCAUCGUGCGGGAACACGCUACAAGAGACGGGGCGUAGACGAAAAGGGAAACUGUGCCAAUUACGUAGAAACGGAACAAAUACUCUCAUUCCGUCAUCACCAGCUUUCCUUCACCCAAGUGCGUGGAUCUGUGCCUAUCUACUGGAGCCAGCCGGGCUACAAGUAUCGCCCACCACCACGCCUCGAUCGAGGGGUUGCCGAGACCCAACAGGCCUUUGAACUGCACUUUACCAAGGAACUGGAGACCUAUGGGCGGGUGUGCAUCGUCAAUUUGGUUGAGCAGAGCGGAAAGGAGAAGACAAUUGGAGAUGCUUAUGCAGAUCACGUGAUUAAGUUGAACAACGACCGAUUGAUAUAUGUAACCUUUGACUUUCACGAUUACUGCCGCGGCAUGCGCUUCGAGAAUGUGUCGGCUCUAAUCGACGCAGUAGGCCCUGAGGCAGGUGCAAUGGGCUUCCACUGGCGGGAUCAACGUGGAAUGAUAUGCAACCAAAAAUCCGUGUUUAGGGUAAAUUGCAUGGACUGCCUAGAUAGAACGAAUGUGGUGCAAACGGCUAUUGGCAAGGCUGUACUCGAAUCUCAGCUAGUGAAACUGGGCCUCUCGCCGCCUUAUACUCCCAUUCCGGAGCAGCUGAAAUCUCCGUUUAUGGUGCUAUGGGCAAACAAUGGCGACAUAAUAAGUAGGCAGUAUGCAGGCACAAAUGCAUUAAAGGGAGACUAUACUCGCACCGGUGAGCGCAAAAUCAGCGGUAUGAUGAAAGACGGCAUGAACUCCGCCAAUCGUUAUUAUUUGGCGCGAUUUAAGGACUCGUAUCGACAGGCCACCAUAGAUUUGAUGCUAGGCAACCAGGUCUCCUCGGAGUCACUCAGUGCUUUGGGCGGACAAGCUGGCCCAGAUGAAAAUGACGGAACGGAAAAUGCCGAGCAAGCCAAGUUGCUAGUGGAAGAUUGUCGUCGCCUGCUGCUGGGAACUGCUCAGUAUCCUGUUGGAGCUUGGGGACUAAUAGAUGCUGACCCAAGCUCCGGCGAUAUCAACGAAACAGAGGUAGAUACUAUUUUGUUGCUCACAGACGAUUGCUAUAUUGUUGCCGAAUACGACUCACAUCUGGACAAGAUUGUGCGCUUUGAGAAGGUGCAACUGACGCAGGUGCGUCUCAUAGAGUUGGGCAUGCAUCAGCAGACGAAAAUUUUUCAGGGAUCCGCUCCAGCGCAUCUUUGUCUGCGUCUGAACUACAGUGUAGACGAGCAAGAGGGCUACUUUCACAUGUUUCGCUCGGCCAAUCUAAGAUUCUUUAACAACAUGGCCUAUGUGAUCAAGACGCAGGAGGAGGUAGCCGAGUCCAUGACUUCAAUUGUCGAGAUGUUCCGCAUUGCCCUGGAUAAUGCAGGGAAUACAGAAGUACGAUACAUUACGGGUGGGGUGCUGCAGCGAAGAAAGAGCAAGUUGCCCACUUUGGAUGUUCCAAGAGGCAUGCCACGCAACCUUUCCGAAUCUCAGCUGGUACAGUUAAGCUCAAAGGCACUUUCAAAUAUGGCGGGACAGUUCUCGAAAUUGGGACAGACCUUCAAAAAGCCGCAAGCCCAUCCCAGCAGCCUGGCAGCUACUAUGAAUCCACAAGUAAUGCGUCAGAGAGACAGCGAAAUAGAAUCUGGCCAGGAAGCGGAAAAGGCAGUUUUCACACUGGGUCGCAAGCAUCGAAAUUCCAACAGCGCAAGCAGCACCGAUACCGAUGAGCAUGACAACAGUUUGUACGAGCCCGAGGUGGACUCGGAUGUGGAGAUAGCUAUGGACAAGUCCAACUACAACGAGAACGCCUUUCUGCCGUCGGUGGGUAUUGUAAUGGGUAAUCAGAAGGAGGACUCGCCUAGCUCCUCCGAUGAAAUUCGACAUUUGGAGCAGAAGGAUAGCAUGUGCAAAACCACAGAGGAUGUGCUAACCAUUUCCAUAACCUCCGUGACGGACCACGUUGGUCUGCCCACGGGCCUUCUGGAAAAUGCACCGGCCAUCCGACCGAUUACGCCAAAUCCGUUGAUCUGUGUGGAAGCUCACGAAGCAUUUGAUGACAGGGAGGAGGGGGUGAAGCCUGUGUCCAGUACGUCCGCCAGGGAUCUCAGCCUUCCCGGUUUGCCCACUCACCCGGAAGCCAACAAGCUGAAGCAGCUUACUAGCCCGCUCUCGAAGCUGGCCAAGAACAUUGGCUUGAACUUGGACCCCCGCAAGAUAGCCACCAAGACCGGAGUCCUCUCACCUACCAUCCUCUCCGCCGAGAAUUCUCCGCCGGAGCGCGACCCAAGCUCACGGGAUCACUUGCUGGAGCUGUGGGAGGCCGAGAAGUGCAAAACCAAGUUAAUAGCCUUGUAAGAAGGUCACUAGGCGGGCAAUAGCCGAAGCUACACACUUUUUAAUAAAUAAGUGCAAGUGAUAUAUUUAUUUUCGAAAUAGAAUGCAAGAAAACGAAAAUUGUUCUACUUGUUGUUCGAGGCACUUCCAUUGAUGCCAUAUUAGGCAUAAAGCAAAGAUUAAAUUGUAUCGUUUUUGUGGUUCUUAUAAUGUAGUUGAUAUACGCCAUAUUUGUGAUUGUUAUAGCACCAAGCUGUAGUGAGUUUAUAGAUUUUUGGGCAACCCGAAAAAAGAUUGGGUAUAUUAUAAUGAACACCAAGAAUAAGCUGCACAUUUAAUGAUCGUUUGAAGGGAUAUAAUUUAUUGCAGAUUAACAAUAUUAUAAAUAAAUUAUAUUCUUUUUUAUAAAGAAGUAAUAUUUUUAAUUAUAAAAAUUGAUUUAUUUUAGCAUUAUUAUUUAAGAAAAAUGUUAGUUUUUGUUUGAUUAUAAUUUUACUUACCAUAGGGUAAGAUUAUAAAUUCAUUUUUUCGGUGAGUGAUGGAUGGUAUUACAGCUUCCCUUUUUAAUAGAUCUGCCACUUAAUGUCCUAUAAUAUGCUUGCAUUGCUUUUAGCAUUCAGCCUUAACCAACAGCUUAGUUUUAGAGCUCAGUAGAACUCAAGCACUUGGCUUACGAAACAAUUAUACGUAUGCACAUCAGGCUGGUGAACAGAAAACUCAAUACCACGAGAAGGCAAAACAAACAAACAAAAGACUUGGCGGAUGCCAACAUUUUUACACGCUACACUUAUAGGAAAACAACACAUUUUGUGACUGGAAAACCAAAACAUCAUAUGACACUACGCAAUUAAAACAUAUGUGAGAACUUAAGAGAUUUCAGCAAAGUCAACGAAUAUUGGAAGAGCUAUAGAUACUCAUAAAGUUUUGGUUCGAAUACGUUCGAUAUUAAUCUCUGUAGUGUAUUUGUAAAUAAAGGAACAUUUUAUGUAAACGUACUACAAUUGGUACAAUUCUGUAUGCGCC